AUGGGGGCUCAGCAAUGUCGGGGAUGCCGCUGCGACUGCGAGCGCCAGUGCUCCCGCUUGAUCUCCUUCUCGAUGUCUGCGGCCUCACUUAUGGCGAGUCUUUGGCUGAGCUUCCCCUACACUUGGGCCAAUCCCUUCGCGCAGGGUCAAGCCAUCACCUGUAACGAGGUCGGCUGGGCAGCUGCCUUUCCCUCCGUCUUCGGAUGUGUGGCUCUGGGCUGGCUCUGCUGCUUCUGCAUCGCUCGAGAAUGGGUGGUGUUCCCCAUGAUUUCCAUGUCCUUUCUCGCGGUGCUUGCUCUGGCGGUGGUCUCCAUCUGCCUGCUGAUCUACGUGGCUACAGGAAGCUGUGACCGAGAUGUCGAAAGAUCCUACGUCAUGUCGACUUGCUUGAUGCACCUCUGCCCUUUCGCUCUUUUCUGCUGCUGCACCUGCAACUCCUGCCUGAGUUCCUGGCGCGAGGGUGCUGAGGACCGGCGGCGGACUCGAGAGGCACAAGAGGCGGCACGGGCAAAGCGACCUCGAGUGCGGCGGGCGCAGCGCAUCCUGAGAGAAGCCUUGAUUUAUGGAGACGAAACAAUAGCGGACCUCCUUCUGGACUUCCGAGAACGGCGGUGUCGUGCUCUGUGGCGCAUGUAUCGCUGCGUCUUCCUGAGCCUCAUGCACUGCCAGUGCCGCUGCUCCUGCUGUGCAGGAGUGCCCGAAGAUGCUGAAAUGUCUCCGGCCUCGCUGUCGCCCUCGGAACGAGGCCAUGGCACGCCGGCCUCCCGGGCCUCCGCCAGCAGAGCGUCCCUGUUUUUCAGUUACGAUGACGAGGAUGCGGGCGAGAUGCCCAUCCACUACCUGGCACGUGGGGAGCACCGCGUGGGCGAAGGCCGUGCCGCUGUGGCUGCGGCCGAGGCGGCCCAGCGCUGCCUGGUCUGGACGCAGCGAGAUCAGCGGCUCUGGAAGCUGCCGGAGCUGACCGACGAGCGCCGCGCGCGGCUUCUGCACGAGCUUGCGACGAGUGGGCGGCUGCCGCUGACGCAGCUUCAGGUCGUGAACGCGGCAGCGCAGACGCCGUUGCACUGCGCGGCUGCUUCCGGGUCCUAUGCCAUGGCCCAGGAGCUGCUGUCACUGCUGGGCCACGAGGUGGAAGCGAUAGGCGCUGCUGUUUACACAGAAGAGGGCCAAGCUGGAUGUCUCCUCACGGCGGAGGAUGCCCAUGGUGAUUCGCCCUGCGAGGUGGCCCUCAGGAACGGCCACGUGGUUUGCGCAAGGCUGCUCGCUGGCGACUUCGGCCAGUGGCAGGGGCUCUUGAAGCUGCCACAACAGCGGCAAGCUCUCCGAGAAUGCUUGUCUGGCGCGCUGGGCCGAUUGAACCCAGAUGGGUCCUUGGGCGACGUGGCGAUUGCUCGGCAUGUGGUGCACGAAGAGACGCAGCUGCUCUCAGCGCUGGAGCAGCAGAUUCGUCAGCUCCAGGACUUGUGCGGCUUGGUGGUCGCCAGCAACUCGCGAUCACCGCAGCUGCUACCUCGAGAUGCAGCCGAAGCCAUGUUGCAAAAGCACAUGUUUGACGUCCAGGCAGCGGCGGCCGCAUUUCGCAUCUCUCCGCGAGAAGCCUUGGAUGCCGCAGGGCUGAGAAGUGUCGACUUCCGUCCUGCAGAAGAGCACACGGAGCACAGCGCUGCGACGAGGAUGCAGUCCACGCAGGCUGAAAGCGACCGAGCCGCUCCGGCAGUGUGCAUCGUAUGCUUCGAUGAAGUGGAUGUAACGAAAUCAGCCUGCCGAACACUGCUAUGCAAGCAUCGGACUUGCGACGAUUGCCUGGGAAUGCAUGUGAAGGUUCGACUGGACGAGGGCGAUGUAACAGGCGUCGUCUGCCCUGAGCCGAACUGCCGCGUACCGAUUUCAGAAGAGAUCCUGUGCCUGCUUUUCGGAUCCGGCAGUCAAGAGCAGACGCGGCUGGAGCAGCUGAAGACACUGAAGUUUGUGGACAUGAACAAGAACAUGGCCUGGUGCCCAGCUCCCGGCUGUGGACGGGCCGUGUCGGUGCCGCGCCAGGAGAACCAGAACGGCAAAUCCAUGUCAAUAACUGCAGUUUGCUCUUGCGGCGCUCAGUUCUGCUUCAACUGCAAGGCUUUAGGCGGCCAUGAGCCUGUCCCGUGCCAGCCAUGGCAAGAUUUUCUGGGAGAUCUGGCGAAAGUCCGGAAGCAGAUGGAGGAUGAAACGAACAAGUGGCUGAGCCAAAACUCCAAAACAUGCACAUGCGGAGCUAGCAUCCAGAGAAAUGGUGGAUGCAACCACAUGAUCUGCAGUGUUUGCGGUCGCCACUUCUGCUACAUCUGUGGACAAGACUGGGCACUGCACAAAGGGCAACCAGGAGGCUUCGACUACUACCAGUGCCGUCUUCCAGCAUCUGCGGGCGGCUUUUCCGGCGUGGCUGGCCCCCAAGCUCCGACAGCCGGGGCUUCCGCACAAGAUGCCAAGCUGUGGAAGUUGCAGAGGGAGUGCUUACCAGGUUGGACUGCCAACGAGCGACAACCUGAGAGGAUGAAGCUUCUUUUCCGAGCACUUCUGGUGCUGGCAGAGGAGUUUGAUUUAGGGAUCAGCAUUCAAGAGCCUCGCUCCGGAAAUGAUGCCGACUCUUUCGUGUCGGCGCUGUCACGCGAGUCACGCGGCUGCCGACAGGCAGCCUGGGAAGGUUUGCUCGCCUGCAUCCAGGCUCGACGCUGCUUGCAGAACUGCUACGUCUUGAAGUACCACUGGCCUUCGGAAAGCUGGCGGCGAAGUCGCCUGCAAACCUGGGUGCCAGAGCUGGAGGGUCUUGUCGGUGCCUUGGAGUCGGCCUUGGGCUUGACGAUGCUGGAAUCACAGGCCAUUCGGGCAGGCUUCCCUGCCGAUGCCGCGGCUGCAGCAUCUACGAACGUUCCAAAGUUGCCUCAACAACCUCGGGACGUGGUGCGCCUGCUCGAUUUGAGGCAUCUGCUUCCACAAGCGAUUGCAAUUUCUGAGGCCAUGGGUGCACUACGCCAACUGGGGACAGCCGUGUCUCUGCAGACGGCUCGGAUCUUAUCCGCUGGGCGAACUGGAUUUCCAGAAGUCGGAUACUUCGAAGACGUGUGGAAUAACUUCAACCCGGAGCGGUUCUGUGAUGUGACGCCGCUGGACGGCACCAAGUCCAAGCUGGCGGCUGUGAUGUUCCUCGUGAUCUACGAUUGCUUCUUCAGCUGCCUCGCCCGAUGGAUCACAAGAUACCCUGUUCUUGCCAUUGCAGUAUCGCUGACAGCAUAUCUUGCAUGUAUCCCGGGAAUGCUGCUACUGCCGGGUUCGGAAAGCAUGUUCGGCAUCCUGAGAAUCAAGACGGGCUUCUUGGACACGUUUACUUUCAAGACGACCGAGGAGUACAGAGACUACAUGCGUGGGACAGAUGUCUUCCCGGACACGAGAAGCUUUGUCUUCAUUGCCAGACCGCUGAAUAGACACCGGCUCGUAUCUUCUGAUGUGCUGCGACAGAUACACAAAGCAGAGCAGCAGAUCGAAGCAACCCGCUUUGAAUCGAUUGACGGACAUCUGGGUUUCCGUGACGUUUGCGAAAGGUUCAAUUCGGCUUCGCCAUGCAUGGUAAGCAGUGCCACCGCCACACUUCUUGGGAACGAUGUCGCAGCCCGUCUUGCCGAGCUCGAAGCACUGGAGCGGGACGGGAGCACGCCUGCCCAUGCGGCAGCGGCGUUGCUCGUGGCUGAGAUGAGCAUGCCGCAACGUGCAAGCUUGCCGCUACUCGUUGCUUCGUCGCGACCUUUCCCUGGCCCUCAUGCCAGCGAGGCUUCUCUCAGUGAAUGGCUGCUUGAAGGCACUGCUGCCAUGUCGACGUUCUCGCUGAUGGACACCGAGGAUGGCGUUCGCUUCGAGAAGCAGGUGCCCCGUCCGGCCCAGAACCUCAAGAAGUGCCGCAAAGGACAUCAACGAAAAGGGCUACCCGGAGAAUGCGAUCGGAUCAAUCAGUUUAGUUCUUCGACUAUUGCCACGGAAAGUCUGCUGAUUGGCAUGGACAACGUCCCACUCAUUGGAAUCACCAUUUCCAUCAUGGCGGGCUACCUUGUUCUUAUGCUUGGCACUGACACGAGACUUCCCGGCAACUCACAGGUGAAAGUUGUGUUGGGAGGGACUUGUAUUCCAGGAUUGUCCGGCUUGGCCAGCUUCGGCCUGUUGGGCUACUUGGGACACGGAGUGAGCGUUUUGGGCACCAUGGUGCCCUUCUUGGGUCUCGCCGUAGGCGUUGACAUUAUUUUCUUGAUGGUGUCUUCAGUCAACGCCGUCGGCCCGGACGUGAAGAACAUGGAAGAGGUCAUGGUGAAAGCCCUCCCCCGCGGCGGCAGAGCAGCAACGACCACGACCUUGACAUCGGUCUCCGCCUUCUCCAUCGCGGCUGCCACAAGUGCUGAUCUUCCCAGCUUCUUCUGGUUCAACAUUGGCCUGGUCCUGGUUCUCAUCAUGAACUGGAUAUGCAGGCUAGUCGGCUAG